CUCCCACGCUUCCUUUUCCCGCUCCGCUCCUCCUCCUCGCCGCCCCCCGCCUCCGUCCCGCCCGCUAGGGUUUCCGCCUCGGCCGCCGCCGACGACGGCCAGCCGGUGCACGCCGCCUCAGUGCCGUUGUAGAUCGACCAGUGCCCGUCUUUCAGAGUGACUGCAUUCCAUGGAUCUCGAGGCAAACUCUGAGCUCAUAUUUGGAGAGGAAUUCUGCUUUCCUGCUAACGCGACUUACUAUCCGACUCCAUAUGGUCCAACUGGAAUUACUCUGCCUGCUGAGUUGUAUGAGCACCAGGCAAUUUGGAGAUGUGGUGAUCAAGAUCUACACUACUUGGGCCAACAGGCUGAAGGCACAUCAUACUCGUAUUAUGUUGUCCCUGACUAUGGGAUUGCACAUUCUCCCCGUGGCCCUUACCCUUCAGGACAUUGUGCUAUAGCUGAUGGCAGGUUUGCUAGAUCCCGAGAGUAUCUUGCUAAGACUGCUGACAUCGCAUGCCACCAACCAGUUCCUAUACCCCACUAUGAUCUCCCAUCUGCUGCACAGUGGGGCCCAGCUAGCACGUCGCAAACUCUUAUGUGCAAUGAUAGUCUGUUCAUCCCCACUGAUCAAGGCCAAAGUUUCCCUGUUGUUCCAAAAAAGGGUAUUACAUGGAAUCCAUCUCUACAAUCAACUAGUGUUUCUUCAAAGAAAUUCGAAAACCAUGCUAUGCUAUCAACAGUACAACUGCAUAGUACAGAUCCAUGGAAGCAAAAUCUAGCAGCUGGAAGUGGAACUAUGGUACCUGCUAAACUUGGCCGUGCUCUACAGGCAUCACGACACUCUCUACAUGGGGGAGUUCCUCCUGUCAAGUCCUCGCCGCAGACUAAUCCAUCAUACAACUAUAAUGCUUCACAUGUUGGAUCGGACCUCCGUAAGAUGGCCAUAGCUGAGAAAUUCCAACCAAGCUCAAAGCCAAGAAGCUAUGUAAAUGGUUUAACUGGAAAGUUGAGUUCAGUGUGUCGGCUGAACUUAAGUAAAGAAAAACAGCCAAGAGGUUCGACGUCGUCAGAAAUAGUUGCCACAUCCUAUACAUCAAGGCUGCGUAUUGGCAAUCCAGAGGGGAAAAUCAUCAUUAAGACUGAUCAAUAUAACAGGGACGACUUCGAGGUGGUGUAUCCCAAUGCAAAAUUCUUUGUUAUCAAGUCUUGGGGCGAGGCAAAUGUUCACAAAUCCAUCAAAUAUGGUGUCUGGUCGAGCGGUCUUCAGGGAAACAAGAAGCUGGAUAGUGCAUUUAGAGAUGCUCAAAUGAUAGCUGCAAGCAGUUCUACCUUGUGUCCAGUUUUUCUGUUCUUUUCGGUCAAUGAAAGUAACCAUUUCUGUGGUGUUGCUGAGAUGGUUGGCCCUGUUGAUUUUCAAAAGGACAUGGACUUUUGGAGCAUGGAUAGAUGGGUUGGAAGUUUUCCUGUGAGGUGGCACAUUAUAAAGAAUAUACCAAAUGUCGCCUUGAAAUGUAUCUUGCUGCGGAACAAUGAAGAUAAGCCUGUCACCUCCAGCAAAAAUACACAAGAGAUACACUAUGUUCCCGGAACUAGUAUGCUCAGGAUCUUCAAAGGUUCAAAAACAAAUGGAUGUCUGCUUGAUUGCUUCAUGUUGUAUGAGGCGGAAGAAGCAAGAGGCAGAAAAUGCAGGAUGUCCAAGCUUAGGCGUGAUGCUCCACGUUUCAUACCUGUCCCGAAGCUGUCUCUGCGCCAUGCCUACGUUCCUCGGCAGCCCAAAGCUGACAGAAUACUGAUGGACAGAAUUAUCAGGGAGACGCACUAUCUGGCAGGCAAAGGCAUGCAGCAGAGCUCAUGGGAAGAACCUGGGAACCUGGCUAGAUAUUCUGCCAAGGCGUCUGCACAGAAAGAAAACCGUAGCUCUGGAAAACAGGCUCGUGAGGAUGUGGUGAAAGCUGUAAUAUACCAGCAGCAGCCCCUAGCUUCAAACAUGCCGGCUGGUCCGGCUGGAGGACAACUAACCUGGGAGGAGGUUGAAGUCGCCCUGGUUGAAAAAGACCGCCCACAAACUGCUGCCAACAUCUCAUCGAAAGCACCUGAAGAGAGUCCAACUGAAGUUAAGAAUGCCUUGGUGCACAGUGCAUCAUCAACUCCAGAAACGAUUUAUGAAGAAAAGAAGGUCAUUGGGGAACACUGUGCUCGGGCAAUCAGUCCUCCUAUGAGUGAAGCCUGCUCAAGUUGCUUGAUUGGUGAUGUUCUGCGCAUUGGUUCGAUGCUGGUCCCGAUGAAGAUGUCCAACUAAAAGAUUCAAAAACUUUCCUCUUAUCAGCCGGAGCCGUGGUCUUGCUCGUUGAUAGGAGGUCUCUCUUUUGGGUUCUGACUUGCUUGAUAACCGUGGGAGUUAACGUUCUUCAGCUUAAUAAGUAGGGCAGCCUGGGAACAAUUUACUUGGGAUUUUAGGCUCAGGGAGAGAGGCUUUCAUGAUUUUCACUUUUCAGGAUCCUUUUUUGGGCCUACAGUCUACCAGCUCUCUGGAAAGGAAUUAUGCAAGCAGUGAUGCGUUAAAUUAAACGUCUUGGUAACGAUGCAUGAGCUUUCUGUUGCUCGUUUGUUGUGUUAAAUUAAAUGAUAUUACUAUGCUGCUAUUUAUUUUUGUUGCUCA